AUGAGUGAAUUGGAUCUCGACAAUGUGUCGCUGCCGUCCGAGGAGGUCGAGGACCGCGACGGGUCAGCAGCUCAGCAUCGUCGACAUAUCGCCUUUGGUACAUUACGGAUUCCAGCCGACGACGAGCUCGUCACAGUCUCCGAAGUGAAUGAGGCCAUCAGGCAAGCCAACGGUCGCUAUCAUAUUCUCGACCUUCAACACGCCGAACUUGGAGAUCACAGAAUGCGAAAGGUCCUUGAGCAGCUUCGGAUGUUGGGCGGCGCGAUCGACGACACCGAGAAGGCAACCCCCGCCAAGUCAGAUUCAGCGGACAACCCCACAGCGCAGAUCAAUUGGUUCCAAAUUCUAGCACCUCUGUCACAUACUACAAAGGCUCCACUUUGUCUAACAUACGGCGGUAUACGGAACUUGUCACUCGAUGGCAACGCGCUGACCUCAGACUGCUUACCUGCCCUUUCCAACUUUCUGAGCGAUAAUCUUGUACUUCACAGCCUGAGCUUGAAGGCAAACGCAAUCGACGGCAAGGACGGAGCCCUGUCAAGUCUAGCGAGAGCCAUCGGACGAUCUGCUCUGCGGCGUCUGUACCUGUCCAACAAUCUCAUGUCGUGGCAGUCUCUGACAGCCUUCUUCGACAGCAUUCCCGCCAACGGUACCGCGCUGGAGGAGUUGGAGCUCUCGCAUGUGCUCGUCGAUGGCGACGAUCAGCAGGCAUUGUUGGCUGCACAAUCCAUAGCAGACUUUAUAGCUGAUCCCCAACGCUGCAGAAGCCUGCUGACGUUGAAACUGAACGGAAAUGCCUUUUGCGAACGAGGCGUCUACACUAUCAAGAAUGCAAUCAUCGGAGGUGGACGCAGCAUCGACGCAGCACGCUUCAUCGAGAGGCCGCCACAUAUUGAAAGCUUACAGAACGAUGUAUUCUUCCGAUCCGUGUCUCACGCGAGGUGGCGGCAUUCCAAUCGACAGUUAAUUGUAGUCGGCCUAAGUGGCACCACGGACCAAGAUCGGCGACAAGGGGAAGAAAAGGAGAUUGAAAGGAUCGAAUGCAUCAGAAGACGUUAUGCUGCCAUCCCUUUGGAAGACAUUGGAACGAUCGUGUCAUUCCUCCAUCUCAGGGCGCGCGAUCGCAGAUUACAAGGAAACUCUGCUUCAGAUCGCCAAGUACCGUUCGAAGUGGCAUGUCACCUGACAACUAUCGGCGUCACAUUGGACGAAUGGUGGAACGACUUGGAGGAGGCUUCGGAGCUUUUUUCGGGUGUCAAAUCGACCAGCUCGAACCACUGGCUAUCAAUCUACCUCGAAAACAACAAUCGGCUCGCUCACAGAUGCGAACGAGCCGCGUAUCAAGUCCUGCGAGCCGCCAGGGUGACAGGUUGUCGGGUGAGACUGCGGACUGGUGAGUCAAUCACGAAGGCACCAGAGCAAGACCAGAUUUUGGAGGGCUUCCCCAGAUUUCUCGAUCUACCACCAGAAAUCCGCCUUCACAUUCUACGCCAGCUCGACGAGGGCAACGAACUCUCUGCAAGUCAGUUUCUCCAUGUGGUUCGUUUCGCAUGCGACCGCACCACAAUCGGCUAUGGAACGCAGGGGUAUGAUUGGUCUCAUGCGCUUGAGUCAACAGUCGAUACGGCCAGCAAAGGUCCCGAAGAGACGAUUGCGACGCUCCCCGUGCAGCAAUGGUCGUGGUCUGAAUGCUUUGCGCUGCGCGCUACACCCCGAGAUUGGUUGGCUGAUACGCUGGACGCAGAAGGUCCAGGGUUCAGAUAUCGCCGAGAGCCAGAAGUUGAUGGGCGGACCAUGGACCAGAGGGCUUUCCGAAUCGCCUUUCUUGAAUCGACUUUGACGCACAGAGCCGAGUCGAACUGA